AUGGAAAGCCCGAUUAAUCUAAGAAGACAGGCAUUUCUGUAUUCUGUCCCUGCAUUGAUGAUAACAAGCCGUUUCAGUGAAUCAUCACUGUUUGUGCUUUCGAUUCCAUCUUCUAUGGCUGCAUUUGCUAUAAGAGAUAUGAAGAUGAAGAUGUGUGUGUCGAAUGUGUUGUUUAUUGCUUCACUAAUGUUUCCUAGGAUGUAUUUUGUAUGCUAUGGGUUUUCAAUUGGAACAGUAUACACUUCGAUAGGAAGCCUGUGCCUGGGAAAGAUGAGAAGCGAUGGGUUGAGAAUAGGGAUAGUUGCUGAAUCUAUUGGAUUGUUUGUAUCUUUGUGUUAUACAAUCAACCCGGUAGUUUGUUUGGUUAUGGCAAUUAUGCAGUUUGUAAACAUUUACUACUUGGAUCUUCCACCUGUAGAAAGCCAAGACCAUAGAGAAGCAUACAGCAAGAUGAACAAACUUUUGAAAGGAGCAUCGUUUAGCGACAGAGCAAGUGAGUACAAGGCAAUAGUUGGGAAGGAGAAUGAUGUGCUGAUGUUUCGGGCCGACUUUCUAAUGCCAAUGAUGAUGAGCAGUUUACCGAAUGUAUUAAAGGCGGUGGUGUGCUGUACGUCGUUAGUGUUUAUCAAGAAGUCUUAUUGGAUGUGUUUUAUGAUGUAUUCGUUUGUUAUUUUGUCAUCUAGGUGGAUAUGUGCAAUUCUUGCUUUUUUCUGUGAUUUUGUUCCUGGCCAUCCAGUAUAUCGACUGGUGAGUGCACAGGUUUUGCAUAUGGCAUUGAAGUGA